AAGAAGCCUUGGGCUAGUGGAAGAAGGGGGAUCCAGAGAAAAGGCAGCCCUACAGCUAUAACAGGGGGCAGAGGUUAAAUCUGUUGGCAUUUUUAUUGAAAGUAUGGUCACUACAUAUCCUCUCCCUGAAGGCUUCACUGAAUUAGAAGUAUUUGCGAUUGGCACUGCCCUGCUGGUAGAAGCCCUGCUUGGUUUCUGUCUGAAUGGCCUGACAAUUAUUUCUUUCCGAAAAAUCAAAGAACUGCAAACACCCAGCAAUCUGCUGGUUCUCAGCAUCGCGCUGGCUGACUGCGGCAUCUGCAUCAACGCAUUCAUCGCUGCCUUUUCCAGCUUCCUAAGAUACUGGCCCUACGGCUCUGAUGGCUGCCAAAUUCAUGGAUUCCAGGGCUUCUUGACAGCACUAGCCAGCAUUGGCUCCUGUGCUGCCGUUGCCUGGGACCGGUAUCAUCAUUACUGCACAAGGAGCAAGCUGCAGUGGAGCACAGCCAUCUCCAUGAUGGUGUUUGCAUGGCUAUUUGCUGCCUUUUGGUCUGUGAUGCCCUUGCUGGGGUGGGGAGAAUAUGACUACGAACCACUUCGGACCUGCUGCACCCUGGACUACAGCAAAGGGGACAGAAAUUAUAUCACAUUCCUUUUUGCACUGUCCAUUUUCAAUUUCAUGAUCCCAGGCUUCAUCAUGCUGACAGCCUAUCAGUCAAUACACCAGAAGUUCAAGAAAAGUGGGAACUAUAAGUUUAAUACUGGUUUACCAUUGAAGACACUAGUCGUUUGCUGGGGUCCCUAUUGCCUCUUAUGCUUCUACGCAGCAGUUGAAAACGUGAUGUUCAUUUCACCAAAAUAUCGCAUGAUUCCUGCCAUUAUUGCCAAGACUGUGCCAACAGUGGAUGCCUUUGUAUAUGCCCUGGGGAAUGAGAACUACAGAGGAGGAAUAUGGCAGUUCCUCACAGGACAGAAGAUUGAGAAAGCAGAGGUUGAUAACAAAACUAAAUAACCCAUUAUGGCAUUAAGUGAAAUGAAUGCAAGUACAUCAUUGAGAGGAAAACACGAGGAA